CGGAGUGGAUGCUGAUCGCUCUCUAUCGGCUGCCCUGUGCCCUCCAUCCCUCGGCGAUCACAGACACGGACAGGGGAUAUCCGAGGAGCUUUUGGCGAGGAUAGGGAGACAGAUCUGCUGUCGAUGAAGGAAGUCUGAUGUAGAUGCUGCGCCAGAGGAGAGCCCAGGGAGCAGCAGCAGCAGCAGCAGCAUUGGCAGCAGCAGCGGAGCUGUAGAUGCCCUCUCCACAGCUCCAGAGCCAGCCCCCCCUAAGGCCUCUGCGGGAGAGCCAGGACACAGAGGCGACAGCUCCUGUUCGGACUCCGACAGUCCUGUAGACUCAAGUUCCUCUGAGGAGGACGAGGAGGAGGAGGAGGAGAACCCGGCUAUGUUCUCCUCCAAAUUCCUUAGUGGGGCCAACCCCCUCAAUGCUGUGUCCUCUGCUGUGAAUAAGUUUGGUUUAUUUGGAGAUGAUGGGGAGGGGGAUAAGAAUAAGAAAGGACCUUCCCAGCAGGGAGUGAAGCCACCUGGAGAACAGCAGCCAGGAGCAGGCCCUGGCAAAGGCCCUCAACAGCAGCAUGGACCCCAAAAAUCAGGCCAGGGCCCUCCUAUACAAACGGGCCAGCCUCUCUCUAAACAAGGCUCACCACAGUUGCACGGGAAUGGACAGACUGCACCCCAAAACAAGCAUGGGGGGCAACAAGUUACUCAAAAGGCAGGAACACAGCCUGAAGGUCAUCUAAAAGGGCAGUCACAAAAAGAUCUUCCAAAGGGGCCACUACAGCAAGGUUCACCUAAGCCUGGAGGUCAACCGCAGAUUGUGAAUAAGAGUGGAGUUCAACCAGGAUCUCCAAAGGCAUCUUCACAACAGCAGGUUCCACCUAAAACAGGGAUGCAAAAACAAGGGCCUUCUAAGACAGGUGCACAGCAACAACAGCCAGCAAAGACUGGGUUGCAAGAGUCCACAAAGGCUGGGUCACAGCAAGGGUCACCUAAAGUAGGGACAGCAACCCACAGGGGUCACCAAUAAUUGGACAACAACAACAACAGCAACAACAACAACACAACAACAGGGCUCACCUAAGGUGGGGCAACAGCAGCAAAGUUUCAGGACUACACCCCAGCAGUCCUCAAAUAAGCCGGGGUCUCAGCCACAAGGCCCUAAGGGACCUGGCCUGUCCCAAGCAGGGUCUUCAUCACCGGGACCAACCAAAGCUGGAUCUCAGUCAAAGGCAGUAGCUAAUACCCUUUGCCCAGUGUGUAAGACAACAGAACUUAACAUGCACACCAAGGAACCACCCAACCAUAAAACAUGUACACAGUGUAAAACUGAAGUGUGCAGCUUCUGCGGCUUCAGCCCUCCUGACUCAGAUGGGCGUGAGUGGCUUUGUCUAACCUGCCAGGUAAAGAGAGCCCAAGGAUUUUCUGAACCACCGGGACCUUCCAUGAAAAGCCCAUUCCCAACAAAGUGUCUGCUGCUCAAAACCAGACACCAUCGCCUGCUGCACCUGUCAAAAAAGAGAUGUCAGGAGCAGCUUCACCUCAGAAAAUGCAGUCUACUUCGGCAAAAGUGCAAGCCAAGGGUGAAGCUGCUAAAGGAUCAGACAUUCAAAAGCAGGCCAGUCCUGCUUCUGUUCACAAAAUGACACCUGAGACCCAGAGAACAUCAGGGCCUCAACAACCAGACCAGAUAAGUCAAACUGGGCGCAAGCAAAGCAGUGCCAAGCAGGAGUCAGGAGGUUUAUUUGGCUUUGGUGGUGCUAAAACUGAAGCUGCAAAGCCAGAAGAGUCAGUGAGUGGGAAGAUGUUUGGUUUUGGUUCCUCCAUUUUAGUUCUGCAUCUACUUAAUAGCCUCAGCUGUACAGGAUGAGUCAAAAACUACACCACCAGUUUCGCCCAAAAUGCAGUCUACAAAGGAGACCAAACCAGCAGCUGUCCAAAAGUCAGUGCAAGACAAUAAACAAGAGCAACCCCUGCAAGCCAAAGCCAGUCCAGCAGGGACAGGUCAAAGUGGAAAAGCUCAAUCAGAGACUCCAAAGGCAACAGCAGCCUCCCACAAUGCUCCUAAAGGAGGUCAAUGCACUUGUCCAAUCUGUAAGGUGAUGCUCAAUAUGGGCUCGAAGGAUCCUCCAACUAUAAUACCUGCACUGAUUGCAAAAGCACCGUCUCUGCAACCAAUGUGGAUUUAACCCCUUGCCAAAUGUCAAUGAGGGAAAGGAGUGGCUUUGUCUAAACUGCCAGGUGAAACGAGCCCAGGAAGGCCCAGGGCAACCUUCACUACAAAAGACUGCUGCACCAGACAAGACUGAAGCUGCUAAAAGACCAGCCAGCACAGCUCCUGGUCAGAAAACACCUCAAGACAGCCGAAAGGCAGGUCCUCAGAAACAACCAGACCAGACAAGCCAAAUGUCACAAAAGAAGGGGAAAUGCCACUGCAUCUACACAGCAAGAGUCAGGAGGGUUUUUCGGAUUUGGUAGUCCUAAAAGUCAGCCUGAUGCUGCAAAACCUGCAGUGACUGGAAAGAUGAUGGGUUUUGGUUCCUCCAUUUUCAAUUCUGCAUCCACAUUGAUAACCUCAGCUGUUCAAGAUGAUCCAAAAACGACACCCCCACUUUCUCCCAAAUUGCCUACCACAAAGGAUUCCAAAUCACCCACUGCGACGAAAACAGGACAGGAGACAAAACCAGGACAACCCCAACUGACCAAGGCUUCGCAAUCAGUACAGACGAAAGCGGACAAACUUCUAUCAGCUACCCUAGUUGUUUCUAAAGCAGGACACUCUACCUGUCCUCUCUGUAAACUGGAACUAAAUGUGGGCUCACAAGAUCCUCCCAACUACAACACCUGUACAGAUUGCAAAAAUACUGUCUGUAACCAAUGUGGAUUUAAUCCGAUGCCAAAUGUUAAAGAGGUGCAGGAGUGGUUAUGUCUCAACUGCCAGAUGCAGAGAGCACUAGGAGCAGCUGAGCCACCAGGAACUCCCAUGAUGAAACUACAGGCUUCACCAAAUAAAGUCCCUGCAUCAGCCAUAAAUAAGGCAACUCCCCAACUGGUUAAACCUCAAAAGAUAGACACUCAAACACCCACUGAAUCUAAAAUAAAGAACACCUCAGCACCAGGCUCCCCUCAGAGGAAACCACCAAUACCAGCUGAGCAGCCUGCAACGGCUAAAGUCGUGAAACUUCCAGAAAGUCCGAAACAGGUCAGCCCAUCUCCUGGUCAGAAAACUACUACUACAACUUCACAAGAGGAAUCUGGAAAGUUAUUUGGAUUUGGCAGUCCUAAAGCUCAACCUGAUAGUGCAAAGCCUGCUGAGUCCCUUGGUGGAAAAAUGUUUGGAUUUGGUACGUCCAUCUUUAGUUCUGCAUCUGAUUCUAAAACGACACCUCUAGUUUCUCCUAAAAUGCCUCGCGCAGAAGCACCAAAAUCACCUCUUGCUCACAAACAAGGGCAAGAGGUAAGGAAAGUGCAGCCCGGAACUUCUCCAUCACCCCAAGCCAAAGUAGGAAAAGUUCCAUCAGAGGUUCCAAAAGAUGCAGCAGCUCACAAGGCAGGCCAAUCUACCUGCCCACUCUGUAAGGUGGAACUCAACUUUGGCUCCAAGGAACCUCCAAACUACAACAACUGCACCGAAUGCAAGAAUACUGUCUGCAACCAAUGUGGAUUUAAUCCUAUGCCAAAUAAUUCAGAGGUAAAACAUUGGUUAUGCCUGAACUGUCAGAUGCAGAGGGCUCUUAGUGCAUCCGAACGCACAGGACCUCCAAUGAAAUCAGCUGACAGCAUUUCUCCAUCUGCUGGACAUCAGAAGAUAAAAGCUUCUAAUCAAGUGGAAACUCGAAAUAAAUCUGAUGCACCUUCAAAGAUCCAGAAUCAGGGGCUCGAUACACUUCAAGAGAAAGGGAGUCCCAAACCAGGUUCUCUGCUGAAGGCACAGGCUGCAGCAGUAACAAAGGAAACAAAGGCUGCGAAAGGACCAGACCUUGACUCAAAGGCUAGCCCAACUCCUGUUCAGAAAGCUCCUCUCGGUAUCGCAGGGGAUUCUCAGAAACCAACUGACAAGAUAAGUGAACCUGGACUAAACCCGAGUAAGAUCACCCCAGAUACAAAGGGGGAGUUAGGAACCCAAUUGGCUGAAGUAUCAAGUACUACACCUCCAGGUUCUCGUAAGAUGUCUGCUGGUCCCAAGAUUUCUCCAAGAUGUACACCUACAGCUUCCCCCAAAAUGUCACCAGCAAGAGAGCCCAAAACUCUUAGUCAGAAACCAGAGCAGGGGAGGAAACCAGAAGAAUCCCACCAUAGCAAAGAGGACAAAGCUCCAUUACAGCUACCAAGGGCAUCAGCAAUCUCCCAAACAUCUUCUAAAGGAAGUAAAGCCACCUGUCCACUGUGUAAGGUUGAGCUUAACAUGAGUUCCAAGGACCCUCCAAACUACAACACCUGCACUGGGUGCAAAACUACUGUCUGUAGCCAAUGUGGAUUCAACCCAAUACCUAUAGGAAAGUUGAAGCAUCUGAGCCCCCCUCCAGCAAUGAAGUCCCAAGCAGUUCCUAAAGUUCCUUCACCUGCUGCAGUCUCACCACAGAGAAAACAGUCUACUCCAUCAGUUAAGCCAGGCAAACCUGAAGCUGGUACUGCUCCAUUGAAACAAGCGAGCCAAGAACCUCAUCAUAAAACACCAGAGGAAAGACAAAAGACAAGACCAAACAAGCCACCAGAUCAGGCAAGCCAACCUUGUGAUAAACAACUUGAUGCUGCAAAGCCUGGGAUAAAUAAUCAAACCGAACGUAAACAAAGUAAUGCUACAGCAGCAACACAGCAAGAGUCAGGAGGCUUCUUUGGUUUUGGUGGUAAAGCUCAACCCGAUGCUGCAAAGCCAGCAGAGUCAGGCACUGGGAAAAUGUUUGGCUUUGGUUCUUCCAUCUUCAGUUCUGCAUCUACUUUGAUUACCUCAGCUGUUCAGGACCAGCCCAAGACUACUCCACCAGUGUCUCCCAAGAUGUCCGCAGCAAAAGAGAUCAGAUCCCCUGCAGCUCAGAGGAGAGAACAACAGACAAAACCAGAACAACCCCAAGAGACCAAGACACCUCCAUCAGUACAGGCCAAAGUGGACAAAGCUCCAUCAGAGCCUCCAAAGGCUGCAGCAGCAUCGCAAGUAGCUGUCAAACCAGGCCAGUCUACCUGUCCACUCUGUAAAGUCCAACUCAACGUGGGGUCCAAGGAUCCACCUAACUACAACAGCUGCACUGAAUGCAAGAACACCGUCUGUAACCAGUGUGGAUUUAACCCUUUGCCAAAUGAAACAGCGCUGAAGGAGUGGCUGUGUCUUACCUGCCAGACGCAGCGGGCUGUAGGAGCAACACAGCCCAAAGGAGUUUCUUCUGUCAAAUCUCAGAUACCUGCACAACAAAAGAAAGACUUGAUCAGCUCAGCUGAACCUGAGAAAAAGGAUGUAACUCAGAGAAAACCCUCCGUAACACCACAGCCAACUAGAACUGAAGCUGCUAACAAGCAAGAGGAUCAGAAACAGCACAGCCCAGUUCCUUCUCCAAAGAGGAUGCAGGAGCCUCAGACAACUCCAGGUCUGAAUAAAUCACCCGCCCAGACAAGGCAGAGUGAACGUAAGCAGAGUAUUUCUGCAGCAGCAGCACGGCGAGAGUCAGGAGGCUUCUUUGGUUUUGGUGGUGAUAAAUCUCAACCCGAUGCUGCAAAGCCAGCAGAGUCAGGCACUGGGAAAAUGUUUGGCUUUGGUUCUUCCAUCUUCAGUUCUGCAUCUACUUUGAUUACCUCAGCUGUUCAGGACCAGCCCAAGACUACUCCACCAGUUUCUCCCAAGAUAUCUGCAGCAAAAGAGAUCAGAUCCCCUGCAGCUCAGAGGAGAGAACAACAGACAAAACCAGAACAACCCCAAGAGACCAAGACACCUCCAUCAGUACAGGCCAAAGUGGACAAAGCUCCAUAUGAACCUCCAAAGGCUGCAGCAGCUUCGCAAGUAGCUGUCAAACCAGGCCAGUCUACCUGUCCACUCUGUAAGGUCCAACUCAACGUGGGGUCCAAGGAUCCACCUAACUACAACAGCUGCACUGAAUGCAAGAACACCGUCUGUAACCAGUGUGGAUUUAACACGUUGCCAAAUGAAACAGGGGCAAAGGAGUGGCUAUGUCUCACCUGUCAGACGCAGCGGGCUGUAGGAGCAAUACAGCCCCCAGGAGUUGCUUCUGUGAAAUCUCAGAUAACUGCAAAACCACAAGAGAAAGACAUCCUCAGCCCAGCUGAACCUGAAAGGAAGGACUCAACUCAGAAGACACUUCCAGCGACACCACAGCCAGCUACAGUAGAAGCAGCUAGCAAGCCAGAGGAGAAGAAACAGCCCAGCCCAGUUCCACCUCAAAAGCAUCCACAGGAGCCUCAGAAAACUCCAGCUCCUAAUAAAUCACCUGACCAGACAAGGCAAACUGAACGUAAACAAAGUAAUGCUACAGCAGCAACACAGCAAGAGUCAGGAGGCUUCUUUGGUUUUGGUGGUGAUAAAACUCAACCUGAGGCUGCAAAGCCAGCAGAGUCAGGCACUGGGAAAAUGUUUGGCUUUGGUUCUUCCAUCUUCAGUUCUGCAUCUACGUUGAUUACCUCAGCUGUUCAGGACCAGCCCAAGACUACUCCACCAGUUUCUCCCAAGAUGUCCGCAGCAAAAGAGAUCAGAUCCCCUGCAGCUCAGAGGAGAGAACAACAGACAAAACCAGAACAACCCCAAGAGGCCAAGACACCUCCAUCAGUACAGGCCAAAGUGGACAAAGCUCCAUCAGAGCCUCCAAAGGCUGCAGCAGCUUCGCAAGUAGCUGUCAAACCAGGCCAGUCUACCUGUCCACUCUGUAAGGUCCAACUCAACGUGGGGUCCAAGGAUCCACCUAACUACAACAGCUGCACUGAAUGCAAGAACACCGUCUGUAACCAGUGUGGAUUUAACCCUUUGCCAAAUGAAACAGCGGUAAAGGAGUGGCUGUGUCUCACCUGCCAAACGCAGCGGGCUGUAGGAGCAACACAGCCCCAAGGAGCUAAUCCAGUCAACUCUCAGAUACCUGCAAUACCCCAAAAGAAAGACAUCAUCAGCCCAGCUGAACGUAAAAAGGACUCAACCCAGAAAAAACCUUCUGAAACAGCACAGCCAGCUACUACAGAAACUGCUAACAAGCCAAAGGAUCACAAACAGCCAAGCCCAGUUCCAUCUCCAAAGAGGACGCAGGAGCCUCAGAAAACUCCAAGUCCUAAUAAAUCACCACAGCAGACAAGGCAAGGUGAACGUAAGCAGAGUAUUUCUACAGCAGCAACACAGCAAGAGUCAGGAGGCUUCUUUGGUUUUGGUGGUAAAGUCUCAACCCGAUGCUGCAAAGCCAGCAGAGUCAGGCACUGGGAAAAUGUUUGGCUUUGGUUCUUCCAUCUUCAGUUCUGCAUCUACUUUGAUUACCUCAGCUGUUCAGGACCAGCCCAAGACUACUCCACCAGUUUCUCCAAAGAUGUCCGCAGCAAAAGAGAUCAGAUCCCCUGCAGCUCAGAGGAGAGAACAACAGACAAAACCAGAACAACCCCAAGAGACCAAGACACCUCCAUCAGUACAGGCCAAAGUGGACAAAGCUCCAUCAGAGCCUCCAAAGGCUGCAGCAGCUUCGCAAGUAGCUGUCAAACAGGCCAGUCUACCUGUCCACUCUGUAAGGUCCAACUCAACGUGGGGUCCAAGGAUCCACCUAACUACAACAGCUGCACUGAAUGCAAGAACACCGUCUGUAACCAGUGUGGAUUUAACCCUAUGCCAAAUGAAACAGGGGUGAAGGAGUGGCUGUGUCUCACCUGUCAGACGCAGCGGGCUGUAGGAGCAAUACAGCCCCCAGGAGUUGCUUCUGUGAAAUCUCAGAUAACUGCAAAACCACAAGAGAAAGACAUCCUCAGCCCAACUGAACCUGAAAGGAAAGAUUCAGUACUUAAAAAACCUUCUGAAACAGCACAGCCAACUACUGCGGAAACUGCUAACAAGCCAGAGGAUCAGAAACAGCCGAGCCCAGUUCCAUCUCCAAAGAGGAUGCAGGAGCCUCAGAAAACUCCAGGUCCUAAUAAAUCACCACAGCAGACAAGGCAAAGUGAACGUAAGCAGAGUAUUUCUACAGCAGCAACACAGCAAGAGUCAGGAGGCUUCUUUGGUUUUGGUGGUAAAGCUCAACCUGAGGCUACAAAGCCAGCAGAGUCAGGCACUGGGAAAAUGUUUGGCUUUGGUUCUUCCAUCUUCAAUUCUGCAUCUACGUUGAUUACCUCAGCUGUUCAGGACCAGCCUAAGACUACUCCACCAGUGUCUCCCAAGAUGUCCGCAGCAAAAGAGAUCAGAUCCCCUGCAGCUCAGAGGAGAGAACAACAGACAAAACCAGAACAACCCCAAGAGACCAAGACACCUCCAUCAGUACAGGCCAAAGUGGACAAAGCUCCAUCAGAGCCUCCAAAGGCUGCAGCAGCUUCACAAGUAGCUGUCAAACCAGGCCAGUCUACCUGUCCACUCUGUAAGGUCCAACUCAACGUGGGGUCCAAGGAUCCACCUAACUACAACAGCUGCACUGAAUGCAAGAACACCGUCUGUAACCAGUGUGGAUUUAACCCUUUGCCAAAUGAAACAGCGCUGAAGGAGUGGCUGUGUCUUACCUGCCAGACGCAGCGGGCUGUAGGAGCAACACAGCCCAAAGGAGUUUCUUCUGUCAAAUCUCAGAUACCUGCACAACAAAAGAAAGACUUGAUCAGCUCAGCUGAACCUGAGAAAAAGGAUGUAACUCAGAGAAAACCCUCCGUAACACCACAGCCAACUAGAACUGAAGCUGCUAACAAGCAAGAGGAUCAGAAACAGCACAGCCCAGUUCCUUCUCCAAAGAGGAUGCAGGAGCCUCAGAAAACUCCAGGUCUGAAUAAAUCACCCGCCCAGACAAGGCAGAAUGAACGUAAGCAGAGUAUUUCUGCAGCAGCAGCACGGCGAGAGUCAGGAGGCUUCUUUGGUUUUGGUGGUGAUAAAUCUCAACCCGAUGCUGCAAAGCCAGCAGAGUCAGGCACUGGGAAAAUGUUUGGCUUUGGUUCUUCCAUCUUCAGUUCUGCAUCUACUUUGAUUACCUCAGCUGUUCAGGACCAGCCCAAGACUACUCCACCAGUUUCUCCCAAGAUGUCCGCAGCAAAAGAGAUCAGAUCCCCUGCAGCUCAGAGGAGAGAACAACAGACAAAACCAGAACAACCCCAAGAGACCAAGACACCUCCAUCAGUACAGGCCAAAGUGGACAAAGCUCCAUCAGAGCCUCCAAAGGUUGCAGCAGCUUCACAAGUAGCUGUCAAACCAGGCCAGUCUACCUGUCCACUCUGUAAGGUCCAACUCAACGUGGGGUCCAAGGAUCCACCUAACUACAACAGCUGCACUGAAUGCAAGAACACCGUCUGUAACCAGUGUGGAUUUAAACCUAUGCCAAAUGUGUCAGAAAUUGAGUGGUUGUGUCUGACUUGUCAGAUGCAAAGAGCCAUUACAGCAGCUGAGUCAGUCGACCCUCCACUGAUGAAACCCCAGGCAUCACCCAACAAAGCUCCCUCACCUGUUGCUGCCCAAAAAGACGUCACUGCCAAUACAAAGAAAGACACUAUCUCCAGUGUAAAAGCAGAAGUGCAAGAUCAAAAUAAGGCCGACAGCCCAACACCAGGUGUACCACAAAAGGAAGAAGAAACUAAAGCUUCAUUUAAAACGGUCAUUACAGAAACAACAACCACUGCUGCACCACCUGCAAAAGAAAUCACACAUACAGUUACAGCCCCAAGAAAAGAUGAGAAAACUGCUUCACCAUCUACCAAGGAGAUUUCAAUCACUACUGCCCCUCCCAUCAUCGAGACUGCAGAUGUCAAACCACAGCCUGUUGAAGUUCCUCCUGUCAACUCAAAUAUUGAAAUGUCUGUCCAGAGGUCAGAGGAUAUAACUCCACCAAGUUCCCUUUUACCUAAAGAAGUUUUAGAAAAGAAAGAGGGGACAGCUGAAAUAGUUCAGAAACCAGCUGAUCAACCAAUCUUCUCUGAUGAAGCACAGCCCCUGAAAGCCCUUAACGAAGACUCUGCUCCUCCAGUAGCACAGUCAACAAAUCCAGAAAAGAUACUAGAACAACAGCAGGACAAGGCUCCUCCAUCUGAAAAGGCCACCGUAGAGAAAGGUCCUCCAGUCCCCGCAAAACCAGAAGCCUCCCAGGCUGCUCCCAAAAUGGUCCAACCUACCUGUCCGCUUUGUAAGAUUGGACUUAAUAUCAGCUCCAAAGAUCUUCCCAACUACAACACUUGUUCUGAAUGCAAAACCCCUGUCUGUAACAAAUGUGGAUUUAGUCCUACGUCAAAUUCAACAGAGGAAAAGGAAUGGCUUUGUCUGAACUGCCAGAUGCAGAGAGCACUCGGAGCUUCUGAACCUCCAGGCCUUCCCAUGAUCAAACCUUCACCAAGUAAAGACGUCCCUGUCACCACACAGAAGAAAGCAACCCCUAUGUCAACUUCUGAGGAGGACAAGCAUGAACGAGCUGCACCUACAGAUGCGCGAGUUGAUGUUUCCACAACCAAAGACACGGAAGCCCCAGACCUUGGUGUUGUAACAAAGAAAGUUUCAUCUGCAGCUGCUUCAUUGCCUGACAAAACUUCUCUGUCCUCUACCACAAAAACUGAUGUUUCACCCGGUUUACAAAAGCCUUCAGAAGAGACAUCCAAAGGACAUCCCAGUACACCCCAGCAACAGCCUCCAAAAUCUGAUACUCCUACUUCUAUAUCUAAACCACCUUUAACAGUACCAGGUGAAGGAAAGCUACCUCCACAACAGACUGCAGCGGUGACUUCUACUGCUAUAUCCACUACUCCACCACCCAUCUUAGAGGCAGUAAAGCCAUCCCCGCAGCAGCUUCCACAAACUGUGACUUAUUUUGCUAAGUCUGCUCCUCCACCAGAUCAAGUGGCAGGAAAGCCCCCCCAACAACAUCCUCCAAAAGCUGGUACCUCUCCAGCCAAAUCUGUACCACCACCGGUUGAGCCUGCCAAACAGGCAUCAGGAGGCUUCUUUGGUUUUGGUGGUCCUAAAACACAACCAACAGCAGCAAAGUCUGCUGAGUCCGUUUCUGGAAAGAGGUUUGGCUUUGGUUCAUCUUUCUUAAACUCGGCAUCAACUUUGAUAACCUCAGCUGUCCAGGAUGAACCCAAAAUGACACCACCGACUCCACGUAAGAUGUCCACUACAGCCCAUGUCUCUCCUAGAACAACACCACCAGCCUCUCCUAAAACGUUACCUGCAAAGAACACAGAGGCUCUCCCGCAAACUCUUGAAAAGAAAGCAGAGAAACAACAACAGAAAAAGGAUCCUUCAACCGUACAAACCAACGCAGACAAAGAUGCAUCGGAGCCUCCCAAGGCACCAACCGACAUCCAAGGUGCCCCAAAAGCGGAUUCAUCAGGCUGUCCACUCUGUAAGGCCGACCUUAACAUUGGCUCAAAAGAUCCUCCCAACUACAAUACUUGCACAGAAUGCAAGACCAUCGCCUGCAACCAAUGUGGAUUUAAUACAAUUUCCACUGUGACAGAGGUAAAAGAAUGGCUUUGUCUGAACUGUCAGAUGCAGAGAGCACUAGGAGCAUCUGAGCCCACUGGACAUCCUGUUUUGAAACCUCAGCCCUCCCCAACCAAGGUUUCUAUACCUCCUGGCUCUGAACUGAAGGACAUACCGACAUUAGUGCAAAGGGAGAAGUCAGCAGCAUCUGCAGUAGUAAAAGAAGAGGUCAUUCAAGCAGUUCCAAAAAGAGAAGUUAUGUCAACAAUUGAGGCUCCAGUGCCAAUUGAGACACCACGACGAGAUUCUGUGCAGAAGACACAGGUGCUUUCAGGUACUGAAAAAGGACAAAGACAGGAGGUGGCUGGCCAGCAGCCGUCUGUUGGCAAACCCCCCCCUGUACAGCUUUCUAAAACUACAAAGCAAGAGGUCAAGGCAGAUCUUUUAAAACAAGAAGUUGGAAAACCACCACAACAGCCCUUAAAAUCUGUGACCCCCCCUGCAAAAGCCACACCACCACCAGCUCAGCCUGCAAAACAGGAGUCAGGAGGCUUCUUUGGCUUUGGUGGUCCUAAAACACAACCUGCUGCUGCAAAGCCUGCUGAAUCAGUGACUGGGAAGAUGUUUGGUUUUGGUUCGUCUAUCUUCAGCUCUGCAUCUACACUGAUAACCACACCACCUUCUCCACGUAGGAUGUCCACUACAAUCUCUCCUAAACUAACACCUCCAGUUUCUCCGAAGAUGCCCCCUGCAAAGGACACAAAACCAGCUGCUGCAGAGAAAUCAGAGCCACCUCAGCAGGCCAAGCCUGCUCCAUCAGCACAGGCCAAAGUAGAGAAGGCUCCAACAGUGCCUCCAAAAUCAACAGAGGUGACCAAAGUUGCCUCUAAAGCAGCUCUGUCCACCUGUCCACUCUGUAAGGUCGAACUCAACACAAGCUCCAAGGAUCCUCCUAAUUAUAAUACCUGUACGGAAUGCAAGACCACUGUCUGCAACCUUUGUGGAUUUAACCCCAUGCCUCAAACAGGAGCGAAGGAAUGGCUGUGUCUGAAUUGCCAGACUCAAAGGGCCUUGUCUGGACAGCUGGGAGACUCAGGAAAAAGGCCCCAGCUUUCACCAGUACCUGCCACAAAACCAGAGACCACCCCGCCUCCCAUCAAGGCAGUACCAAUAGUUUCAACUAAAAAAGCACAGAUGGAACCUACAUCUGUCAAACUUGAAACCAUGGCAAAAGCAGCUUCUGCAGAAAUCAAGACAGAGAUCGCACGCAUACCUACAAUAGCAACGGUUUCACCUGUUACAGCAGACAAACAGCCUUUAGCAGCAUCAACAGCGGAAGCCAUUAUGCCUACUAUGGCCAGUGUGCAAAAGACAACAGAGAAAGGAACGGUUGUAGUGCCAACCACAAAUGUUCCAAAGACUGUAACAGUGGAAAAUAAAGAGGAGGCUGUGAAACUGGAGUUCAUUGAAACAAAAGAUUCCAAAGCCAAAGAUUCUAAACCGGACAUUCCAAAAGCCAAAGCUGUAGCAGGUGAAGCUGAAGCUUCUUCUUUCCCAGUGAUUGAAGCAACAGCUGUAUCUACCUCCUCUAUUUCUGCAGAGGUUGCCAUGGCUGAAGUUGUCCCAGAAACCGAAAUAAUUGCUGAAUUGUCUGCUCAUGGGAAGAUCAUUGAGGAAGUACAGGCUGAUGACCAUAUCGAACUGACAGACCUACCAACAUCUUUACAGCAAGUUGAAGAGCAAACAAAGUCGCAAGAACGACAGCUGGUGUUGGAAGAACAACCAACUGACAGCAAGGAAAUUGCUGAUGAGUUGGUUGAUAAUAUUAUUGACAUCACCUCAACUCCAGAAACACAACAAAUAUCUACGGAGACCGUUGUCAUAAAAGAGCAAGAUGGAAUCAAAAAAGAGACCAUAAAAGAAAGAAAGGUCUCCAAAGCAGAGGAGCAUGAUGAAGAUCAACCCCAUAUUUUACCAAUAUCACAGGAAUUUAAGGAUAAUCUGGUGGCUAGUGAAACAAGUACAAAUGAUAUAAAUACAGAUACAACUACUCCAGAAAAGGAGGAGGUAAAAGCUGAAAGAAGACGCCUAAGUGUUAAACCAAUGGUUGAAAGCAGUGACAGUGAGCUCACACCCUCACCUCAAGUCCAGAGGAAAAAGUUGGCGGUCACCAAUUUGUCAUCCAGCAGUGAGGACAUUAAAACUGAAAGUGCUGACUAUGACUCUAUGGAUGAUGAAGAAUUCAUCCGCAGGCAGAUAUUGGGUAUGGGUGAUGAAGAACAAAUGUCUCUUUCAGAAGAUGAGAAAGAAAAUAAUUUGGCAGAUGAGAAAGCUAUCCUAGAGGUUGUGCUUGAUGAUGCUUCAGUCACAGGACUAUCACUGUAUGGAAAAUCCAGCACAGAGAAUGAAGAAAGCUCAGCCGGGAAAAAAGCCCUCCAGAAAACUGACGCCGCAACUUCUCCCGAAAUAAUUCCAAGCUCUACUUUCAAGAAAGCUUUACCAGUCAUGAAACAAAGACAAAGUCCUGAUGAAGAAGUAGAGAGCAUCACAGAAUCCCUGUCAAAGGGAUCAUCUAGUGUCCAGGUAUCUAGCUUUACACCAGGAUCGUCACCCACCUCAGCAUCGUCUCUAGAGGAGGACAGUGAUAGCAGCCCUAGUCACAGGAAAGUCAGUGGGGACAAACAUCAUCGCAAGGGUAAGCACAGGCAGUCAACCCAGCCUCUCCCCACCAUUGAAGACUCCUCUGAGGAUGAGAAGAUAACAAGUGUGGGGAAGUCUAGGAAAGACAAAGAUGAACUUAAAGCCCGUGGCCCACUUCCAUCUCCAACUGCUUCCUCUACAGAGAAUCUGAGACAGGUCAUUGUAACUGAUGACACUAGUAGAACAUCUGGGUCUGAGUACUCUGCCAGUUUAGAAUCAGAAUCAGAGGCUAAGCGAGCUGUACAGAGAGGACGUAAGCCUUCCAUAACAGUGAUACCAUACACCCCAUCUGAUCCAUCCAUUGAAGAUUAUUAUGUGACAAAAUCAUUGAAAAAUGCAGAAGAAGCAUAUGAGGACAUUUUUCAAGAGACAAAAGCUAUUCCAGGCGAGAGUCCUCCUGAUAUUGAACCACUUUAUGGAGGAAUGGCAAUAGAAGACUAUCUUUAUGAAUCUUUAGUUGAGGAACCUGAAAAUAAGAUGGGUGGAUCUCAAGAGGAAGAAGUAAAUCAGGAAACAAGCUCCGAAUGUCUCAAAAAACUCAGAUCUCCAGAGGAGGUUUAUGAGGAGAUGAUGCAGAAAAAGAGAGAACUUAUAAUGAUAGAACAAGAGUUUCAACAGUCCCAGACUGCCAUAGAAUCUUCCUCAUUAGGGGCUUCGGUCACCCGGCCUUCCUUGAUUGCUGAGACCUGUGUGGUUACCAUGCCAAUGGAAGAAACAUCCCGCACUGAAAAAAUUGAUAUGCCUCUUAUAUUCACUGAAUAUUCUAGUGAACUGACAUUAAAGAAAAAGAAAAGGCCAGCGCCACCACGGCCCUCUGAACAGCCUAAGCGCUCCGAGGUAACUGUUGUUACUAUUACACCUAGUGGAUCUAUUGGUUUUGUUAGGCCUAUGGUUCCUCAAGAUCCUGCACUCAGAAAAGCAUUGUUCCCCAUACCAGAUCUCAAGAUCACCCAGUGUUCAUCUGGGGAGGAAGAGGAUGACAGCCUUGCAGAAGAAUAUGGUGUUGGUAUUUCCUCUGACAUUACCACCAGCGAUGACUCUGAGACUAAAGACGAUGCAUCCAUAAGCCCACCUUUGUCAGAAACUGCUGAUAUGGAACCUAUCUGUGUGGUUUGUGAAAUUCCAGAGGCAAAACCUAUUCCAACUCCAAUAUCAGCCCCAGAACUUACAUCUACACCCUCACCCACAUCACCAAUGUCAGUUCUAACUUCACCAGCUACUCCAGAUUCCAGUUUGGCUUCUAAUGCUACAUCAUCAUCCUCAUUCCAGGCUCAAACACCUCUUUCAUCAGAAUCAACUCCACUUUCUACACCAACACCUCCAACUUCAUAUGUAACUCAAUCACCUCCAGAUGACUCAUCACCAUCACCUGCCCCAAUUGCAGAAAAACCGUCUAGUGGGGACUCAGUCUCUCAUCCAACUCCAAACACAGUUAUAGUUACAAUACCAGAUGUGGUGUGGGAUCCGUCCAAAGCUCAAACCACUGAAGCAAUUCAAGUUAAAGCUUCUGCAGCUGGAGCCUCAACCCCAGGCCUAGUGGGGAUGUCUACUCCUCUACCUGUUGUGGUUAAAAUGCCAGACUUGGUUUCAUCCCCUUCUCAGAUGCCUAUCGAAGCUCCGGCUGUUAUACAGGUCUCAGCUCAGAGUCCAGAACCUGUUGUUGUCUCAGCUCUACCUACAACACUAGUAACAGUUACACCUGUUGUAGUCUCCAAUCCAGAAUCAGCCAUAGUCCAGAUGAUGCCGGACUUGGUGUCAACUACAUCUACAAACUCUGCACAAACCCCACUGCCAGCAGUUGUAUCUACCCAAGCUCAAGUCCAAGCCAAAGUGGUCCCUCUACAAGCAGCCGUCACAUCAACAAGCCCAGUAAUCCCAGCUUCAUCUCAAGCAGCCCAGGUGUCUGCAGCAUCAACGACUAUAACUAAGAAGAAGGUUCCCCCCCCUCCACCCCCUCGGUCUACGUCAGUGUCAUUACCAGAGCUGCCACUUGUAAAAACUGUUCAGGAUGUUACCCCUACUAGGACCACAACAAUAGCUAGGCGAGCCACAGUGACUGGCCAGCCAAUGCAGUCCAUAGUUGUGGAUAUACAGCCAAGAAUGGAAGAUAUGCAACCAGAGAGUGCAGGUGUACCUCAAAUAGUGACCCCAACCAGACAUGGGCACGUUGUCAUAAUAGUGCCUAGUCUAGAAAAUAUGUCUCUGCUUGGAAAAAUCCCACGAGAUUUAGCUAGCACAGAGUCAAUACCUGCUGCUGCUUCUCUGCCACAAAGUAGUAAAAAAGCUUCAGAAAUACCCAGCACAGAUAUAGCUUCUUUAUCGACUAAGGUGUCAUCAGUGCCAGUAGCUUCAGCUCCACCACUUCCGCCUAAACCUAUGGCCAGGGCACAUUCAGUAGAAACAGUAGAAAUACCUGUAGCAGGUAUAACUCCACCACUUCCUACCACAUUACCCAAGCCAAGUGUUUAUCCAAAACCACUGGUUCCAACUGCAGUGACAACUGGUAGAGCAAUAGUAGGACACGUUUCUGAUACAACAACUGGUCAUGGUCAAAUUGCCAAGCCUCCUCCUCCCAUACCACCUAAGCCUGUAUCAAUUCCAGCUGGACUGGUUUUCAGCCACAAACCAGGAGAAAGUGUCAAGCCACCUCCUCCUCAUGUGGCCCCUAAAGCUGCAACACUACCCAGGGUUAAAGAACCUCCAAAUGCUCUCUCACUUAGCCUGACACGACCUGUUGAAUAUAAGUUGGGAGCUAUCUCUCCUAAAUCACCUUUGUCUCCUAGACACGCCAAAUGUUUGCAGACCUACGUGGUAAUAACACUUCCAUCUGAACCUGGCUCACCAACAGAGGUUAUAACAGUCCAGGCACCAGUAAGACGGAGCUCCAUCCCAUCUACACAAGUGUCUGGGGUACGGACGACACCUUUGGAGCAAAAAACACUUACUGAAGCAUUCUCAGCACAGGCUACAAUAAGAAGAGCCUCUGUCCCUACUGUUAGGCUUCCACCUCCAAUAACCAUAGCUCCAACUGUGGCAGUAGAGCAAGUGACAACUUCUGGAGGAGUGGCUAAUCAAGUGCAGAGAGGUGAUAUAUCUUCUGAGGAGUUAGCACCAUCUUUCGCUGAUGUCAUAGUAGUGUCAUCAAGUCAGGAAAUGUCUAUUCAGGCACAUAGUGUACCUCCCCCAAUUAAGAAACCAUAUGUUCUACAGCAACAAUCAAUUACUCAGCCACUGACACAUGAUACAACAAUGGAUGAAGUCAUUUCAACAACCCAAGAGCCUAGAGUUAUUUUUCAACCACUAACAGUCGAAGCAGCGGCAAGAGCCCAGUCUAUGCCACUUGAUUUUCAACUUACAGAGGUCACAACAGUGCCAUCAGAGGUUUCAGCUGAAGCACUAGUUCCUCAUGCCCCUAUACCAACUGUAUAUGUGCAGCCACAGCCUCUUACAGAAGUUGUUUGUGUGCCACUGCAGCCUGAAAUACCGUUUGUUUCACUUGGUCCCGAAACUAGGGCAGCGGCAGUAACUACAACUGUUCUUUAUCCACAAUUUGCAACUCAAAUUGAAAUGCUACAAAAUGAACAGGAUGUGCCUUCUCAUGUCAUAGUCACAGAGAGAGUUAUGGUAAGAUCACCAGUAAUAGGAGUGAGUCAUCACAUUUCCUCUCAACAGCAACUUACAGAGAUUGAAGCUACAGAGCACGAAUUGCCUCCAGUUUUUAACUAUGCUCACGCCAUUGUUGAAUACCCAUCAGUACCACAAACUGUUCAGCCUUUAGAAGAUAUGCCUCUAUUGACACAGCAGCUAUCUUCGCAGCACCCAUGGCCUCCAGCUGAAGGGUUGACCCUCCCUACCAAGUUUGAAAUACCUACAGAGGUGAUAACAACUGACAUUGCUAUUACUAUACCAGGAGUAGAAACAGUGUGUCCAGCAACCCAUCCUGUACCUCAAGUUGUUGAAGUUACCCCAACACCGGAAGUGAAUAAGUUAAUGCAACUGACUACAGUUUAUAAGAUGAUAACUCCUACAAUUGGUGAAGUAACACCUGAAGUAUCACCAAUGGCAGUCAAACCAGAAGUACCUCAUGUUAUUCAUAUUCCACAGGUCUAUGGAGGAGUUACAUCCUCAGUCAUGUCAUACUCAUCACCAUUACUGGAGGUCAUAGCAAUGCAGCCUGAACGUGAUACACCCACAGAGUUUAUAACAAAGGAUGUUGAUGCAGGUGCUUCAUUGCCAUCAUCAGUGUUGCAUCCCCUAGUGGCAGGGAUGCCAGUUAGAGUUGUUUCAAAUGAGGAAACCACCAGUGGAAUUUGGACAUCUGUAUCUUCCAUAGUACAGCCAAGUUACAGUACAAGUGAACUGUUUUCCUAUCCAGCACAAUAUGAAACACCUAGGCUUACAACUGCUGCCUUUGCUACCCCCAGGGGAGAAUCCAUAACUAUGCAGCAAUCAUUACCAUUGGCACAUGUAGUGAACAUGCCAGCUGAAAAAGAUGUUGCUUUUGAUCAUUAUGCAGUUCAGGUCCCCUACAGGAGAGAAUAUGUUCAUUCAACAGAACAAAGACCACAGGUAUUAACUUAUUCAUCGGAAUAUGACCAUCCUCUGGAGAUAAUAACCACUGAGGCAUAUACUAGGAAAACAUCAAUCCCCACUGCACAUGACAUUCCAUAUGGUGUAUCUGUUGCUCCAGUUACUAUAACUAAGAUUCAGCAAGAGUCUAUUGAGAGCAAAGAGAUUCGAGGACCAGAAAAGGUGGUCUCCUGUAUGAGUCACAUGAUUUCUUCUUCAAUUUCCACUUCAGGCCAACCUCCUGAGAGCCUGCCUAGCCUGGUCACUCAGGUGUUUACCACUGAGGUCCAGAGGACCACUGUCUCAGUUGUUCAACAAAGACUUCCACAAGUCCCUCAACCCAGUGUACACAUCACUAUACAACCAGAUAUAGCUAAAAUACAACCUCUGUCAAAACAGAACAGGAAGAUCAUCUACCCUGGUGAUGUUAUGGAUUUACGAACAAUGAAGGUUGCCAUAAAGAUGACAGAACAGGGCAUGGACCUGACACCACCUGAGUCAUGUCGACAGUCUUUUUCAAGUUACUCUAGUGGGCGUCAAAUCACAGCAGUGCAGCCUGAGAUAGUCAAUCUUAGUUCAGCGAUCACACCUGCAACCACGCUGUCUGUGGUCACUGACAGCAUCACAAUAGUCACAUGUACAGCAACCAUUGCCUCAUACAACACCACUCCAGCAGAGAAACCACUGGAUUUGCAGGGCCCUGUUACAUCAUUGCCUCUGUCUCUCGCCACAUACAAAUCAUUUGAACCGAUGGCUCAGAUUGUUUAUAGACCUGUGAAUUCGCAGCCCGCAGUCAGUGCUGUAGCAUCCACAGCUCAAGACAUACCUAUAAAUCUUUCCUUUGGAGCUCUGGUCACAGGAGGCAAACAGCAAAUCACUUCCCCUGUAGCUAUAAGCAAUGGAGGUCCUGUCCUUUCUUUGGAGGCCACAGGGGCCAUGGAUCUUUCUAACUACAGACCAAUGAGAGCUAUGGUUGCUUUGUCUGAUUCAAGCCCAGGAGUCGUGACCACUAUUGUAGAAGAUGAUGGGACUCCAGUAGACCUUACAGCGGGUAGGAGGAGUGUUUGCUGUGAUGUCAUUUACAAGCUACCAUUUACAGGAAGCUGCAGAACACAGCCCGCAGUUACAGAGCAGCCUGAAAACCGUUUUGGCUACAGAGAUGACCACUACCAAUACGAUAAUACUGGAAUGUAUGGUAUCAAAAACAUGACUGGAAUAAAAGCUUCAAUGUCUGAGACCAACCUGACAGAGGCAGGACUGUUUCCCUAUGAUCCAAAGAAUGACUUUGACUAUCUCAGUGGAUCUUCAGAUGGCGCUAUAGACCUCACUGCUGCCAAACUUUCAGCUGGUAAAGCAGUUGACUACACUAGCAAAGCAACUGGAGUCUACCCUGGGAUGACUACUGCUCCAUACUCCAAGAUCCCCGCAGCUGGGUUUGGAGUAAAUGGAGUUCUAAUAACCUCAGAUGGAAUAGUUUACUCCUCUGUUGCUGCCCCAGAUGCUUCCACAUAUGCAGUUACAACUCAACCAGGCUCCAUCUUUAGCGGUCCCCUACCACCUACAUCAACAGUCCAGAACCAGUCAUUGCCACAUCCAUAUGGUUUUAUUCCCAGUGCAGAACCUGGAGAGAUUAUUCCUUUUGAUACAGGGCUACCUAAGGAGCUUUUCCCCACAGCUUUGGCUGACAUCAUAACAGGCUACCCAGACAUGUACUCAGACACCACCCUGGAAGCAAUUGCUGCCUCUCUGGAUGCCUUGGCCUCUUCCUCAAUAUUCCCUGGUUUAGACAACACCAAGAUGGCCCAGUAUCAGAUGGAGAGGGAGUUUCUAGAGCUAGAGAAGCUUAAGCAGCUUUGUCUCGCUGAGGAGCUGGAGUGGGAGAGGCAUGAGAUCCAGCGUUACCGUGAACAGGAACAGCUCAUGGUGCAAAGGGAGCUUGAGGAGCUCCAGGCUUUGAAACAGCAGCUUCUAAUGCAACAAGAAGAAGAGCACCAUGCCCACGUGGUGGCCCAGCAGGAGACCUAUGCCCAGCAGAAAGACCAGUUGCAACAAAUCCAACAACUCCAACUGCAACUCCAGAGCCAGCUUGAUGAGCACUACGGUAGCACUGGUACUACAGGAAACUUGCUAGAAGCUAAAUAUGCAGGGGUAGGGGACAGUGGCCAGUACUGGCCUGUCAAAGAUGAGUCUACAACUUCAUCUAUUGGGACACAGUUAGAGGAGGGUCAGAACCAGCUUAAACUAGUUAAGAAACUACAAGCUGAUCAGGACACAGGGAAAAGAAUAAUUGAUAGUGGGGUGCAGACAGAUGAUGAAGACUCAGCAGAGAAGCAGCCCGUAGGAAGGAGAAAGAAGAACAAGAGAAAUAACGAUAGCUCAGCUCAGACUGAUGAUGAGGACCAAGAUGAAUGGGAUGCUCCAACAAAAGCUCGACGACGCACUCGAAAACAUAGCAGCGAGGGAAAACAUGUCUCUAAGGUCACUAGCAUUGCAAUCCAGACAGUGGCAGAGAUAUCUGUCCAGACCGACCACUCUGGAACUAUCAAACGACCACAUGUCCAGAUAGACACUAGGGUAGAAAUUGUUAAACAUAUCUCAGCUCCAGAGAACUCUCAGAGGGGUGGAAGUCUGAGCUGUCAGACAGACUAUGACAGAAGGUACACACCCAUUGACGUUGGCUACAGCACACAGGUGAAAGCAGAUGUCCCCUCGAAGUCUAAAGUCUUCUACACUUCAGUCUCCCCCAUGUCCCCGGAAAAGUCACUUGGAGGGCAAAGAAUGCUGACUGCGGACCCAACCAGAUUUUCUUCUGGACCUCGGUCACUAAAGGCUGGUCAGAAGUCUCUCUCUGAUCCUAAAUCCCUUAGUCCUGCCACAGACGACAGGAUCGGUGGAUAUUAUGCAGACAGCUAUUCUAGCCGUGGCUCUCCCUCUGGUACAGGUAAGAAGGUAAAGCGAACAUUACCAGACCCCCCUCCUGAGGAUGACUCCCUGGCAGGACGUUCAGGCUACAGCACCAACUCUGCUCGUCGCCGUCUUGCCCGCAGUACAACAAUGGCCCGGGCAAAGAUCCUACAGGACAUUGACAAGGAGCUUGAUCUGGUGGAGAGAGAAUCUUCUAAACUUCGCAAGAAACAAGCUGAGCUAGAUGAAGAGGAAAAGGAGAUUGAUGCCAAAUUACGGUACCUGGAGAUGGGUAUCAACCGACGUAAGGAUGCCUUACUUAAGGAGAGAGAGAAGAGAGAGCGGGCUUAUCUCCAGGGGGUGGCGGAGGAAAGAGAUUACAUGUCAGACAGUGAGGUUAGCAACAUCAGAGAAGCCAGGGGUGAUGGCCUGGAGAGACCACGGACAGCUCCACAGUCUGAGUUUGACCAAUUCAUCCCACCUCAGACAGAAGCUGAUUCCCAGUACAACACACUUACUAGUCCCUACUCUCACUAUGCCCAAUAUGUUCCUCAGACCCAAACCACCAGUCACUACACCCAACAGAACCUAUAUCAGCAGCAGUCCCUUUACCAACAACAGGUAUCUCCUUACUCAAGCCUUUCCCUCUCUCAUGCCCAGGCUCAGUCAACCAGCUACCAACAUGCUCUGCAUUUGCAGCAGGGUAAGCAGCGGCAAACAACCCUGUCUGAUUUAGAGCCUAAGAUCAGAACAAACUAUGAAGUUAUACACAACCAGCCUCUGCUCAUUGUGCCAACCUCAACAGAAAGUAGUUAUGGGGUUGCUCACCUUGGGGGCAAGUAUGGCAGUUUGGACUUAAGGAUAGGGAUAGGGGAGAGGAGCAUGGCGUCCAGUCCCAUGUCUAGCAUUUCUGCUGAUUCCUUCUAUGCUGAUAUUGAACACCACAAUUCUAGGAACUACGUGCUGAUAGAGGACAUAGGGGAACUCACCAAGGCCUCAACAGGUCUGAGCAACACCGGUUUGGGAUCUGGAUUCAACAUUCCUGAUAAGGAGUUGUCCAAAGCAGACAGACUACUCAGGGCAGCAGAAGUCAGGCGCUCAGCGGAGGUAGCAGAUUUUUUAGGUUCAUCUCGACUUCAGGGUUAUGGUAAAGGAGAAGAUGACACUAUGGAGGAGCCUUAUGAGCUAAAACUACUGAAGCAGCAGAUCAAGCAAGAGUUCAGGCGAGGAAAUGAAGGACUAGAACACUUAACAGGUCUUGGCCAGCCCCAGUAUCUCCCUAGUGAUGGCAGCUUUCGCCACUUCCCUAAAGGAGAAAAAUAUAGCAUUGGCAGGCUCACUCUUGAAAAACAGGCUGCAAAGCAACUCCCAGCAGCUGUGCUUUACCAGAAACAAAUGAAGAACAAAAAGGCCCAAAUAGACCCUAAGGCCAUCACAAAAUGUUCUCCAAUUCAGGAGACUAGGGACCUGGAGCCCGACUAUGGCAGCUACAUGGGAUCUGGGGCCUCUUCUGUGACAAAUCUGGCUGCUACAGCUAGGUUGCUUCAGGAUGAGAUUACAUUUGGGCUAAGAAAGAACUUGUCUGAGCAGCAAAAAUAUUUAGGCUCCUCCCUGGGUGCAAACUUAGCUGGUUCUCUUAAUCUUGGGCAGUCCCUUGGACUUGGAUCUACCAUCAGGGCCACUGCCCAUGAUGAUGGCACCUACCCAAGUGGCACCCGUUCCCGCCCCUCAUCACGCCCCUCUUCCCGCCCCUCUUCUGUCUAUGGCUUGGAUCUAUCCAUCAAAAGAGACCUAUCCAGCUCCUCACUUAGACUUAAAACAGAAGGAGAGAUCCUGGAUGCAGCAUUUGCCCCUGGGGUGGCCAGAGCAAAGCCAACUAGUUUACCUAUCAGCCAAAGUAGGGGCCGAAUCCCCAUUUUGGCUCAGAACUCUGAGGAGGAGAGUCCUCUCAGCCCAGUGGGGCAGCCUAUGGGUAUGGCUAGAGCCUCAGCUGGACCUCUCCCUCCCAUCUCUGCCGACUCCAGGGACCAAUUCGGCUCAAGCCAUUCCCUGCCAGAGGUACAGCAACAUAUGAGGGAGGAAUCUCGGACAAGAGGCUAUGAUCGAGACAUCACAUUUAUUAUGGAUGACUUACAAGGCGCCAUGUCUGACAGCGAAGCACUAAGUGAUUCCAUGCUGGCUUUGAACAGAGAUGAUGCCAGAAUCUUUCAUGAAAGUAUCAGACACGCUGGAGGCCCAAACUGGAAUAUAGAAGCCUACCACCUAAGGAGAGAGGACACAGAUUGGUUUGAUAAGCCAGAUGAGGGGCAUCCGCAGACCAGGAGACAGAUGAAACUGGUACCAUACGCCUUCCCUAACAAUCACAUCAAGCUGAAGAGAGACCCAAAGGACACCAGUGUGUCAGGCAACGGUCUUGGUAUCCGGGUGGUAGGUGGGAAGGAGAUUCCAGGGAGCCGAGGACAGAUUGGAGCCUACAUCGCCAAGGUUAUCCCUGGUGGUGUGGCAGAACAAACAGGACAAGUUGUAGAGGGAAUGCAGGUGUUGGAGUGGAACGGAAUCCUUCUGAUGGGAAAGACUUAUGAAGAAGUGCAGUGCAUCGUGGGCCAGCCAUGCGCCGAGGCGGAGAUCUGUGUUAGACUCGACCUUGAUAUGCUGUCUGACCCUGAGCACCCACAAGCCCUGGAGCACCAUGUCCAGCUUAAGGCUGUAGGUGGGCAGCGUUCCCCUGGUGUGGAUCCUAAUCAAUUGGCAGCAGAACUGCAGAAGGUGUCCCAGCAACUGGCUCCUGGUUUGGCUGGAACAGGGCUCGGGUCUGGUGGUUUGGGGGUCCUCUCUGCACUGGAUCGUUCUGCCCUCCUCCACUCGGGUACUGGCUCAGCUGCCUCCAGUGGUGUGCCAAGCCCUGGCCAGCCUGCAUCCCCAGCCAUAAACAAGAAACAACGACACAAGCCGAUAACAGAGGUAAUGAGGAUACCUCAUCCCAUCACUGGAGAAAUUCAGCUCCAGAUCAACUAUGACAAGAACCUGGGAAACUUGAUCGUGCAUGUUCUGCAGGCCAGAAACCUGGCCCAGAGGGACAACGACGGCUAUUCUGACCCGUUUGUCAAGGUCUACCUCUUACCUGGGAGAGGCCAAGUCAUGGUUGUCCAGAAUGCAAGUGCUGAUAACAAGAGAAGGACCAAGUAUGCCCAGAAGACCAUGAACCCAGAAUGGAACCAGACUGUCAUCUACAAGAACAUUCAUUUGGAGCAGUUAAAGAAAAAGACGCUGGAGGUGACUGUGUGGGACUAUGACAGAUCCUCUUCCAAUGACUUCCUGGGAGAAGUGUUGAUUGACUUGUCGAACACUACCCAGCUAGACAACACUCCUCGCUGGCUGUUUCUGAACGAGCAGAGUGAGAGCAUUGAGCACAGCAAAGCCCACCAUGCUGCUCAAGGCCCACCAGGGUCUGGGUCAGGUCAGGGUUAUGGUCAGGGACACAGCCUAGGCCAUAUGUCAGGCCCUGGGAUGGGGCUUGGUAUGGGACAGGGACCAGACGGGAGUCAAGAUUCACCAAAUAACUCUGUCAUCAAGAGCAGAAGUCAUGGAAUCUUCCCUGACCCAGCAAAAGACAUGCAGAUGUUGCCUUUGGAAAAGUCACACAGCAGCCCAGGCAGCUCCAAGUCUUCCUCUGAUGGCCAACUGCGCUCCCAUGGCCCCUCCCGAAGCCAAAGCAAGAGCAGCGUCACUCAGGCCCACCUUGAGGAUGCUGGGAUAGCCAUUGCUGCUGCCGAGGCGGCUGUGCAACAGUCCCGCCUGCAACCAAGACCAGGACACCGACUGGGUGAUGUCUCAGGGUCAGUGGUGCUGUCGGCCCCGAGUCUUGUUGGAGACGCAUAUGGAGGUCUGGAUGGGGAAGAUGGAGAGGACACUGGAGUGGACAGUGCCAUUUUUCAAGUCCCACGCAUCGGAAAGACUAUUCCUAACGGCACAGACAAACACCAACUAGGGACCCCGGAAAAUGAAGCCGGUAAAACACAAGUAAUAGGCGAGAUCAAGGUGGCUCUCAAGAAGGAGGUAAAGACAGAAGGGGACCAACUGGUUUUGGAGAUCCUUCAAUGCAGAAACAUCACUUACAAGUUCAAAAGCCCCGACCACCUACCAGACCUGUAUGUGAAGCUAUAUGUGGUAAAUGUAGCCACUCAGAAAAGGAUCAUCAAGAAGAAGACCAGAGUUUGUCGACAUGACAGAGAGCCCUCCUUCAAUGAGACCUUCAGGUUCCCCCUAAACACAACUGGACACUCCAUACAGCUUUUCUUGGUGUCCAAUGGAGGCAAGUUCAUGAAGAAGACCCUUAUAGGAGAAGCCUACAUCUGGCUGGACAAGGUGGACAUGAGAAAGAGAGUGGUCAGCUGGCACAAGUUGUUUGUUAGCUCCAAUCAGACCAACCCCUGAACAGCACAACAACAAGCUGGAGAAAAGGUGAAGGCAGCAUUCAGAGAUCCAUUUCUGACAACAAGACAAGAGAAAAAUAUUUCAAAAGAGGAACUAAACAAAUAUAUUUAAGUUCACGAGUGUUAAGGAGGAAAUUAUCUGCUAAUACCAUAACAAUUGUAUCUUUCCAACACUGCCAGCACACAUAUCCACCUCCUCCCAUAUCGAUUCUGUGCUGACUGUGAUUGUAGGAUGCAAACAUGCAAAUACCACAGCAAGCUCUGAAACACACACAGCAGCACUACGGCUGUGUGAGCAGCGAUGUCCAUUACCAUGGUUCCAAUUCAAUGAUCAACAUGAUGUUGUUUUAGGGCUCUGCAACUAAGCUAACAUAUCUCUCAGAGGGAAAAAGGGAAAAAUAAAUCAUCCACAUUUGUAUUGUGUUUUCUUCAUCUGAGAGUCAUUUUUGAAAUGUCCAUAUGAUGGUUGUGAUGUGUGUGGACAUCAGUGGUCUUGAAAUGUUAAAUAUGAAGGAAUGCAUAUUUUUUCUGUAUGAAAGUCUUUCAGUUUUAUGUAAAAAUAUAAAAAAACAUAGUCAGACAGAUGACUUUUGCUAUGUGAUGAUAGAAUAUGUACAGCACAGAUUGUAGAUACCACACAUGCAGAUUACAGAGCAUAUCAGAGAACCACAUUGUACAGUGUGAUGUUUAUAUAAUAUACAAAGAUAUCAGAUGCAGAAUAUAUCUAAUAACAUAUACAGUACAAGAGUUGUUCUCAUAUUACUAGAUUAUAUAUAAUACAAAAUAGAGUCUGUUUGAGGCUGUGAGUGACGCACUGACAAUCCAGUAGGCUGCUCUAGUCUAUGGUGUAGGCAGUCUUAAUAGCCGUUAUGUGAAUGUGGACCUAUGUGAGCUCAUGGAUGUUCAUGACAAAAAGCUCCUUUAGUCCUUUGAUCACACUGAUGCACCAUUAGAUAUUCAACAGGGCUGUGAUGGAUUACAACAUUUUAAAUGUCAACAAGCAGUAACAUUUAGCUAUUUCACUAGCAUGCUAUUGUGUUCGGCAGGUUGAAUUACAAUACAAGGACCAGCAGUUAUGAGUUUCAAAGUCCAAAUCACUUGCUGCGUUGAAAGUCACAAGCCAACUGUUGAGGAUGAGAAGAGUUUAUUACAUCUGUUUCAAGUGUAUGACAUUUUUACUUUAAGGCUGUUGCUUAGAGUAUGCUAAUAUUUAUUUAUGUGUGGCCUAUCAUGUAAUUACACUGUUGGUAUGGACAUGUAAUUCACAAGUUGUGUCAAAACCAUACGUGUGUCUGCAACUGUCAUCACCUCAGUAUGACGGCUCUGCUUUCUGUGUGUAAGUAACGCCCGUCCUAGUUUUACCUAAAAACAUUUCAAAUGAAGAAAAAAUGUUCUUACCAGUCAAAUGUCAAGGUUCCUCUGUGUUUCUGGCUGUGCUGUAAAACUCACCAAGCUGUUUUGUGUCAGUGACUCCCACAACACAGUGAACCAGCCUCUUACACUGCCUGUGACCAAAACACUCACUCAGGCCCAUUGGGGUUCACACAUAUUUUCAGUCAUUCAGAUGGGGCCACAAUUAUCUUGCAGAGUGUUGCCACCAUAUCUAAAGAAUAGGGGGGAAAUCAUAGGGCAUAUCAUAGGGCUGAUGCAAUUUUUUUAAAAGAAAUAAAUAUAACAGAAGAAACACACCUAAAACAAGAUGUCACCUAAAUCUUAUACCAUAGGGUAACAAGAGAAUAUAAUAUGAAGGGAAUGUGGCUGAGUUUUCCAAUAAUUAUUUUGUUGUGCCAACCUUGUUUUUUUAUUCCAGAAACAUUGAUUUUUAAUUCUAUGCAACAUAGAUGUGUUUGAAUGCAUUUGUUUUUUUGGAACUAAAUGUUAUUUAUGUGAACAUAUGGUCUAAAAAUGGCUUACAGAAAAAAGAAAAACACUUUAAUUUGUACAUUAUUGAAGAAAAUAUAAAAUAGAUUUUUUUUACUGAUUUUAAUAUAAAUUGAUGUUAAAAGCUGUUAACAUCUUCAUAGAGAUGGUGCACUUUAUUAUUACAUAGUUUAUUUUCUUGUCUCCUUAUAACUGUCAUGACAUGCAAGAUUAUAUGUUUUGUGUUUCUGCAUUGAAAUGAACUGAAUAAUGGUGUAUGUGGUGGCAGAAAAUAUUGUGGUGUGCAUUUUGUAUCUAUGUGGCAAAAGAAAAAAACAUGCAGACACGUUGGGGUUUCUCAACACAAUGCACAAUUUGGGGAACAAUCACCUGUCUACAUCAUGCUCAUAGUCUAAUUACCAGUCUCUGUAAAGUACAGUAAAUAAGACAUAUUCCCUAAAUGCUCAGUCAACCCCUCGUGUUUCAUUAGACUUCCCUCAAGCUAAUUAAUGUUUGUUCAAAUCAGCUGUUGCCUGUAAUUGUGAAACCAUCUAUGUGUUGUCGUUCUGACAGGUGUGAAUGUGACUCAAGUCCUUUGACAUGUGUAUAUAAAGUGUUUAUUUUCUACAAAGAUUGAAUGUUUAUAUUGUCUGAAGUUUGAGCAUGUGAGUGUCGAAAAAAAUCACAAAAGACUUAUAACUGUACAGCAAUGUGUGUCUAUAGUUGUACAAGGGGAGUUGACUGUGUAAUCAAUCAAAACAUGUUCUGUCAACCAAUGACUAUAUGUGCAACCACGUCCCAUACACGGCUGAAAACAACACAAAGGAAAACAAAUCUAUUCAACUUUAAUAGUUGUCGAAGACUUUAUGUGUUGGAUGUUGCAUGUUUUGUUGAUGGUUUGUUUGUAUAUUUUGCCUACAGAUUAUGUUUAAAAGAGACAGAGAUAUGUAUAGAUUUAUCUGUAUGCUGACUGUAAAGAAAUAUGCUUGUAAAAUUGUCUUGUUUUUCACACCGUGUAAAAGCAAGGAAUUUAACGUUAUGGUUUUGUGGUUGUACACAGGAUGUGUUGAGAUAUUAUGCAAAUUGUUCUGUAAAGAAAAUCAGCAGUUUCCCCUGAGUCUAAAGAAUAAAUAUUAAGAAGAGCUAUAUCAAACA